GCAAACAGCUUUCAGUGUAUCCCCUCUCAUUUCACUCUCACUUAUUCAAUGGAAGGAAAAACAAGAAAUGCCUCCACUCUCUUUUUUUCCUUCACCUGUAUUUUCCUUUUCCUAUCCACCACCACCACUCUCUCCACUUCACUGCAGUUCCAAACCCUAACCCUCAACCCCCUUCCUAACAAACCCACUAUCUCGUGGGCCGACACCGAACCCGGAACCCAAACCUUCACCGACCAAACAACAUCAGAACCCUCCAGUUCCGCCACCACUUUCCUCUCCGUACAGUUACACCACAUAGAUGCCCUGUCUUCGGACAAAUCAUCACAAGAUCUCUUCAACUCGAGACUUGUACGUGAUGCAGCACGUGUCAAAUCUUUAAUUUCCCUUGCGGCAACCGUUGGCGGUACAAACCUGACGCGUGCGCGCGGCCCUGGGUUCAGUAGUUCCGUUAUCUCAGGGCUCGCUCAAGGGAGUGGAGAGUACUUCACGCGCCUUGGUGUAGGGACCCCAGCAAGAUAUGUCUACAUGGUGCUUGACACUGGAAGCGACAUCGUUUGGAUCCAGUGUGCUCCAUGCAUAAAGUGUUACUCUCAAACCGACCCGGUUUUUGACCCGACUAAAUCCAGGUCCUUCGCUAAUAUCCCCUGUGGGUCACCUUUGUGUAGGAGACUUGAUUAUCCAGGCUGCAGCACGAAAAAACAGAUUUGUCUGUAUCAAGUCUCUUACGGAGACGGGUCGUUCACUGUUGGUGAGUUCUCAACCGAAACGCUUACGUUCAGAGGAACCAGAGUUGGUCGUGUGGUGCUUGGUUGUGGGCAUGACAAUGAGGGCCUUUUUGUUGGUGCUGCUGGAUUGCUGGGACUCGGUAGGGGAAGAUUAUCCUUCCCUUCACAAAUCGGUCGCCGGUUCAACAGCAAGUUUUCUUACUGUCUGGGAGACCGGUCUGCUUCUUCUAGACCGUCUUCUAUAGUUUUCGGUGACUCGGCUAUUUCAAGAACCACCCGGUUCACUCCAUUGUUGUCGAACCCGAAAUUAGACACCUUUUAUUAUGUUGAGCUUCUCGGGAUUAGUGUCGGUGGGACGCGUGUUUCUGGGAUCUCAGCUUCUUUAUUCAAACUCGACUCUACAGGGAACGGCGGCGUUAUAAUUGAUUCGGGUACGUCAGUGACCCGACUGACCCGGGCCGCUUAUGUGGCUCUACGUGAUGCUUUCCUGGUCGGAGCAUCCAAUUUGAAACGGGCACCGGAAUUCUCGUUGUUUGACACAUGUUUUGAUUUGUCUGGGAAGACAGAGGUGAAGGUGCCAACGGUGGUUUUACAUUUCAGAGGUGCUGACGUGCCAUUGCCGGCGUCGAACUAUUUGAUACCAGUGGAUAAUAGUGGGAGUUUUUGCUUUGCGUUUGCAGGUACAGCGAGUGGAUUGUCAAUAAUUGGAAAUAUCCAACAACAAGGUUUCCGGGUUGUGUAUGACUUGGCGACCUCACGGGUCGGAUUUGCUCCCCGUGGAUGCGCUUGAGUUUGUGAUGCGUGCAUUUGGUUUAAGGGUUACUGUUUUUUUUUUUUUUUUUUCUCUCGUUUUGGCAAGGGAUAAAGCUCUUUCCCUGCCCUUUUAUUUCUCUCUCUAAAUAAUGGGUGUCAUAAAAAUAUCUUUUCUUGAUUUUUCAAUAUAAGUAAAGAAAGAGGGGAGAUAUAUAAAUUAAUCAGACAGAAUUUGGGAUGA